CUUAACUCACUCCCCCCAUUCAGGAGCGGUGGGUUGUACCACUGUGCGUGAGCUAACGUUAGUUUUUCACUGAAUCCCAAACCAGCGCGCAGCGGACUGGAGCACACGUUUAAGCCACCUUUCUGCGGUCUAACUUUUCUAUCCGUGUAGCAUAGGACAAAAGGAAUUUAACAACUGGACGAUUCAUCAACAAGCCCCAAGCUGAGAGGGCAAGUGGGAAUAAAACUAAAAAUGAACAGGAGUUUUAACAAAUCUCAGUCUUUGCGGUACUUGGACUGUAGUGCUGUUGAAGUUAAAAGCAAGUAUGGGGCCGAGUUCAGGAGGUUUUCCGUGGACCGGUUCAAGCCCGGGAAGUUCGAGGAGUUCCACAAGCUCAUCUUAAACAUUCACCGGAUAACCAGCAUGGAGGUGAUGAUUGGCUACGCAGACAUCCACGGCGAUCUGCUCCCCAUCAAUAACGACGACAACUUCUGCAAGGCCGUGUCCACCGCUCACCCCCUGCUUCGGAUCUUCAUACAGAAACAAGAGGAGGUGGACUACAGCAACUUCGGCACCAACACGCUGACUCGCCGGAAGAAGGCGGUGGUGACGCUGCGCAACGACGCCAACAGGAAGCGCCCGCACAUCCGCAUCGGCAUGCCGCAGGACUUCCGCCCGGUCUCGUCCAUCAUCGACGUGGACAUCCUGCCCGAGUCGCACCGCCGCGUGCGCCUGUACCGCCACGGCUCGGACAAGCCGCUGGGCUUCUACAUCCGCGACGGCACCAGCGUGCGCGUCACGCCCCACGGCCUGGAGAAGGUCCCGGGCAUCUUCAUCUCGCGCAUGGUGCCCGGCGGGCUGGCGGAGAGCACGGGCCUGCUGGCCGUCAACGACGAGGUGCUGGAGGUGAACGGCAUCGAGGUGACGGGCAAGACGCUGGACCAGGUGACGGACAUGAUGAUCGCCAACAGCCACAACCUGAUCGUGACGGUGAAGCCGGUCAACCAGCGCAACAACAUCGUGCGCGGCAGCCGCGUCUCGGGCAGCUCGGGCCAGUCCACGGACAGCAGCGGCAGCUCGGCGGGCUACCCCAGCCUGCCGCUCGCCGUCGCCGCCGCCGCCGCCGCCGGGGCCCACGGCCACGCCUUCGCCGCCGACGAGCUGGAGAGCGACGAGGAGUCGGACAUCGUCAUCGAGAGCAGCAUCAAGCGCCCGUCCCGCCGCUCCAACGCCUCGGCCGCCUCCGCCUCCUCCCGCUCCCUGGGCCCCGCCCCCGCCCCCGCCCCGCCCCAUCCCAGCCCGCCCCCGCCCAGGCCCGCCUCCGUCAUCUCCACCGCCUCCUUCCACUCGCAGGCCAGCCUCAACGGGACGCCCCCCCACGCCGGCCUCAGCUUCAAGCUGCACCGGGACCUCACCCUCCAGCCCCACCACAGCAGCAACCCCGCCCUCCGGGAGAGCAACGGCAGCCUGCACAAAAUCCUCAGCUCCCUGCGGACCGACCCCCGGCACAGCCUGGCGCUGCCCAGGGGCGGGGUGGAGGAGGACGGCACGGUCAUUACCCUAUAGUGCCCCGCCUCUGCCUGUGGCCCCGCCUCCCCCACUCCCGGCUGCACAGAGACUGCCCUGAUACGCCUGCAGCCUGUCCGUCAAACUCUUAAAACUCUGAACUCUUCCCCACAAACCACUCUGUUUUCUCUUCCUAUUCUACACUCAAGGUUAAAUACACCACUUUGUGUACUUUCAAAAAUACAUAAUACAGGACUGCUGGCUUUCUACUACGUAGGUUUUCUAAAUAGAAAAAUUUCAUUAGAAAUAUAAACUUUUGAUGAGGGUGAAAGCAUACUGUUGUGACUGUUAUACAUAUGACUGUUUUGCUCAAAGUAGUUCAAGUGGUUUAAACCAAGUAUUUUGUCCAUAUUGUGGUAAUGGGACCAACAAACAGGUGCUAUUUAUAAACCUUUCAUUUUUAAUGAUAACCUGUCUUAUCUUUAGCUGGCCUGACAGAUUUGCACAGUUCCAGUCAAUAAUAUUAAGUACUUUUUUUAAACCCUUACAAAAUGUACCCUGCAGUAUUUUCCUAUUUCUAAGUUUAUCAAGUAGCUUAAACUUUUUAUGGUUGAUCAGGGCGAUGUACAUACCUAAUUUACAUUGGAAUGUGAGAGAGAAGGAAUCAGUUAUAUCAGAAUUGAAAGUGUGUGUUCAGAGAAUACACCUUCUGUCUUCUUAUAUUUUACUACAAAAAUAAUGCAAUUUAACUAUUUACCACUUACCUAUUUAAGCCUAGUAUGCACAUGGAAAGUUCAGCCCCAGUCCAGCUCCAAUUCCUGUAGAAAUUUGGCACGUACAUACUAAAACGCAUGAAGCUCCAGAAGCUCGAAGAAGUCAGGCAGUUUAGGAGAGAUAUUCAACUUUUUAGUCCUCAACCCAUGUUAUCGGCAGUAUGCAUGGUGAAGAAAGUGUUUGAUUUCCUGAUGUGAAAUACGAUUCUCUGGUUUUAAAAAGUGUGGCAGGUCAGCCCCGAAGCUGUGGAUUCUCCACCACCCCGGUCGAUCAUUUUUGGGACACUCCCUUGAAAUUGGCAUAACUUGUGUGUGUACUAGGCUUUACGUGUACGUAUUACAAUGUGCAGGCAGUAAUCACCUUAUCAGAUUGAUCUUUUUUCCUGGUGGAAAAAAUAUUCACAGCAGAGGAGAACAACUUUACUGUUGCGAUACAGACCGUUAUGCUUGGUUGCUUCUCCAACUAUCAUUUCAGGUUUUGUUGUUAUUGAGGUACAGAGUAUGAUUAGAAUUGAUUUAACAAAGAAAGGGAAAGCGUUAUGAGAUGUUUACCUAAAGUCAUUUGUAUCUGGAAUCUUUAUUUAAAAGCGGAAGCGUAACAGCAUUUCUCAGUCCUACACCAGGCGCUGUAGAGGGACAGAGGAAUGCUGGCUCAUGCGCUUUGUCUGUGUAUUCUCAGCGUAAUGGACGGCGGGCCUCUCUCGCCACCUGAGUGUUAAUUAACUUUUAUCUUUGACGUUUACUUUGGGCCUCAGAGCUGCCAACUCUCCAAGACCCCCCCAGAUGAGCAGAAGGAGAAGCAGCUUCAGUGUUGUUGCUAGUUAUAGUUGAAUCUGAGACUAACUUCAGUUCCAAACCCCCCCCCCCCCCCCCCCCCAUGCCCUGUUAGUGGUUUGUGUUCAUGGCUGCUGUAGUAAUUAGCACAGUUUCUAAUGGGCACAAAUGUAUAGGCCAGAUGUGAACUUUGGAACCCACCCUGGUUAUAGAGCACAGUCUACUCGUGCUAUAACAGUAUAAAUUUGCGUAUCACGCCAUUGCGCGUUUAGUACAACAUAGAGGUUGGAGCUGAAAGGUUCCUUUGAACAAUCCACAUCUGAAAAAAAUGUCAUCUCUGUAAAUGUUUUCCAUAUUUUGGGAGCUCAGUCGUUUUUGUCUUAUUGAAAUGAAGAAAGUACAUUUUAAAUAUUUGUUUUGUUUCGUGUCGUCUUAAACUAAGAAUUUUCUUCUUUUUUUUUUCUUUUUUUAAAACCCAAAUUCCAAGCCUUGUUCUGCAUUUCGCUCCAAGUUUGUAAUUUUUCUUGAUUUGCAUGUAAUCGGAAUCUGUUCCAUUUGUUUGCUUUUCAUCUUCCAUUUGCUACACAUUGUGUUAAUUUUCUUGACACGCUUUGGCGUUAGAGAAUAGAAAUUCCCUGCUUCUUUACAACAGGAAAAGAUUAAUACAGACCACACCGUGGCCCUGAAACUGGAUGUGACUCUCUUAAAGAAAGCACCAUCUGCUGGAAGGAAGAAGUCAUUGCAUGGCAUAAACCCCCCAAAUAAGCACCUAUCACAUUAGGAAUUGACACACUGUCUUCAUGAAAAUUAUUUAUUGUGGAAAUGUGUCUGAAUUUGCUUGAAUGAUCUCAUUGUUUUACUGUCAUUGUCCAUCUUUUUAUUGUACACACACUUUUUAAUUAUGAACUGAUCGUUGCAAACAUUCAAAACAGAUAAACAGAUUUAUAAAGAUUUUCUGGUACGAAGGGAGGCUUUUCUGUGAUUUUAUCUCAGAGGAGCGGUAGAUAAACACUUUUUGUCACAUUGUGAGAUGUUCUUUUGAUAGCAAAUUGUUGCCAUUUAAUUUGAAUGCAGCAAGAGAUAAGAUAUGACCUUUUCUCAAGAUUCAAACCACUGAAGCAUGUUCCAUUUUAGCAAGCAUCCUCACAUUUGAGUUAAUUUCACUACUUUUUAAGGUACAAUGGUAAUUUAUACUCAAUCCCAAGUUUCACAUAAACUGACUUUUUAAACUUCACUAUAGAAAAACAUGUUAAUUCCAUGUUUUUGUGUCUGCAAUAAAUUGUAGAGCACAAUUAAAUAUGAUAAAUAUCCUAACUUGAAUAUACAUGUUUUAAUGAACCUCAUAAGGUUCCGCUUCCUCAGUCCUUGAUGCCACUGCAUUCUGAAACUGAUCAAUCUUUUUUUAUUUUAUUUUUUUGCACAACAUUAAACCUCUUGACACAACUUUUUUGUACUUUUAUUUAAUUGUAGUUUUAACAUUUUAAAACAUUUCUCCCAUCUUCAGAGGGAAAAUUUUUGAUAGUUUGUUCAUUAAUCAAUAGUACAUAUCACUUGAAAAACAACCCUUUCUACAAUCCAUUUUAAUUGUGUGUGAAUACUAUUUACUCAUUAUUUCCUUGCUGUUUAAAUGAACUUAUUUUGUAUUUUGAAGAGAAGCAAAAUAAAGGAAUUAAAGAAGUCCCAUUUUGCUCUUACAUAAA